AUGUACAAAAACGUCUCACAAUUGAUGGAAAAAGAGAGAUCGCGGAAUCCAUUGCAAUAUUUCUGGACGACAACAACUGUAAAAAAUCACACACAGGAAAACGACGGAACGACAGAAUUUUACAACCAAUUUGAGGAGAAUGAAAAUAACGAAGUUUUAUUCGGGAAAACAGAUACAUCAAUAGAUAGUAGAUUUGGACAAGACUAUGUUGAAAGCAGUCAAGAAUCUGUAAUCUUCCACAAAUCGGAUAUUACAAAAGGUGGGACGAAAUUGCGAUUUACGGAACAUAAUUUAGAAUUAGAAUCUCUACCAGCAACAACUGACUGUGCGGCAAAUUCUUUAAAAACAGAUCCUGAUCCUUCUGAAAUACGAAGUAAACCAUAUCCUCAAGCUGAUUCAGAAUCGACUGAUCAAUUAAAAGAAUUCAGCGACACAGACGAGACGGAUUACUUCGACAGCGAGGAUGAAUAUUGGGAAACACAGGUCAGUGAGAAGAAUCAAAAGCAAGACAUUGAUUUGGAGCCUUCUACGAAUUCCCGAAAUGGUGGAAGAUAUAGUAAAUUUAUCAACCUUCCCACUUUUAAACAAUCAAUCCACGAUUUUGCUGCUGAUAACAGUUUUGAAGUACAUGAUGUCAUUGCGAAUGGGGACUGCCUGUUCCAUGCAAUAUCUGAUCAGCUUCUAAUUAACGGUUGUCCAGGUCAUACAGAAAAGUCCUUACGACAAAUAACAACACAACGUCUGAGGAAAAAAUCUCUUGGAGAUGAUGGAACUCAUCCCUCCUCUUUUCUUUCUGGGGAGAGUUGGGAGGAAUACCUCUCCAGAAUGGAGAGCCCAGGGGAGUGGGGCGACCACAUUACUCUUCAAACCCUUGCUGACGUUUUUACAUUAAAGAUCAUCGUUUUUAACGUCUACCAAGAUGACAUCAGGAGAACUGAAGUUGAGGCCGAGUCCAAUGAACAAAUUAAAACGAGGCUGACAAUAUACCUGGGUCAUCUUGGGGAGUUCCAUUAUCUGAGUCUACGUCCUAAACAUUGGCAGUUACACUGGCCUUACAAAGCUGUGCUUUACCGCUUACUAGCAUGUUCCAAAGAUCUGAACCCAGAGGACUCUGUUGCUCUCCUCAAAGACAUAUUGUCAAGCAUUUCAUCAGGGAAAUACAUUUCUAAAAGUGUACUAGAUGAAACUUCUGAACAUAUAUCUGAAAUUAUGCAUGGAAGAAAUGAAAAGAAUGCAAAAACAGGAAAGAAAAACCAUAACGAGUUCUUUAGAGUCAACAGUGGACAAGAGUUUCAACUCGAAGAUACUGAAGAUUCCUUAGAGCUGUUGAUUGAGGACCCUCUUCACACGGAUCCCAUAUCAGGCACCCCGUUGCCACAUUUAACAUUCCUCCUAAAACACUUGAUACCUCGCAAAAUGCUUUGCCAUGAAUAUGGUCAACUCUCUCCACACGUUCGAGGGACGGUUCAUUUUCUGGGUUCAUUUGCCGAUGGAAGCAAUUGGAAUCUAAUUGAUAUUAGCAAAUCACAGAAAAUGAGAGACUUUUAUAUUAAGCAAAUGAGAGAAAGGGUUGCAAAAGUCGUAGUUUUAAAAUCGAACAUACCUGUGUUGUCUUCAGAAGCUCCGCCGUUGCCAUAUGCAUUGCAUUUCGAUACGUCAAAUACAAAGGCCGGAUAUUGUAGGUUGAAAUUCCCUCCUGAGCGUGCGGUCUUGGUUGGUGAAAAAACUUGCAAGAUAGAGUCUGAAACUUAUCUUCAAGCCUUCAGCAUUGAAGGAUACGAUUCGAGUUUCCUGAAUGCGGACAUAAGUGCUGAAGUUAAGUAUAUUGGGCUAAUAUGUCCUAUGUUCUUGGUUGCCUUAGAUUGGUUGCAUUCGAGGCGAAAAUUUGAUUUUCCCUCACGCCAUCUUUUGAUUUUAUUUCAUGGCAUGCCUUGCACAUUGAUUCCUAAAGCACACAAGAACUCUGAAAACCCAUCAGUUGAGUGGAAAAUAGAUUUUUCAAAGAUAGAAAGGUUGCUUUUUGACAGCCUAACGGAUUCACAGCGACAUGGAUUUGCUGUAAUCAAGGUGCUUCUUGAUAACAUAACGUUCCAUGUUGAGAAAAAACUGCAAACAAAGCAUAUAAAAUCUAUAUUUUUUCAAGCUUGUGAAGAAAUUCCAUCCAACUUUUGGAAUGUAAACUUCAGUGGCUGUGUUUUGUUUGUCCUAAGCAAAUUGCUGAUCUGCUUAAAACAUAAAUUUCUACCGCAUUACUUUAUCCCACAAAAUAAUUUAAUUGAUUGUUUUUCGACGGAAGAAAUUGACACUAUAUGUGUUUGUGUCGAGUCCAUUCGGGCAUUUCCAGCCCACACUGCCCAAUUUGUUGCAGAAAAUCACGGAUUUACAUAUGGAUCAAACUUGGUGAAGUCGUUGCUGAGUGACAUUGCUUGUUUCGUGCAAACUAGGGAUGUGGCAGCGGUCGUGGAACACACCAUGGUUCCCUGUACGUAUCGCACAGCCAAGUUUCUUGCAAAGCUGGGAUUUUAUGUUCCAACUUGUGAGCUACUGAAAGAAAUGCACUCACAGACACAACUCAUUCCGGAAUACAGAAAGCAGAAUUCGCUCAGUCUUCAAGAUUUCUUCAAAAAU